AUGGGUAAAAAAGAGCAGGAGAAAACAGAAUCCAAACAGAAUUCAAACAGAACACAAACAGAACACAAACAGAAACAGCUGGAGACGCUGGAAAAACAGCAGCACCGUCGGGAUGGUGUGUGCUGGCAUCCAUGCGCCAGCAGCAGAAAAACAGCAGUUAAUGAGGAUGGGAAAGGAUCGCUCGAUGCAAAAACGCAGAAUUAUGAGCUUAUCCCGACGCGACGCGGCUUCUUGCGCAGUGGGCUGGAAGGAGAGUGUAAGAAGAAGCACGGGCAGCAGAGGCAACGGGAUGGUUUCUGUCGCGCAGGGUCAAGUGACCGGUCAGCACGUAGACCCCCGCCAGACGCAUGCCAAUUAGUCAGCUUAUGCGCAGUGCUAUGCACAAGCAAGAAGAUCAGCUGCGUGAUGCGCGCGCGUGUCUCACGCGCGUUGCUGAAUGUCUCAGAAAGGUCUCAAAAUGCGUUUAGCUGGCAAACUCUCUCACCGGAACACGCGCGCGUCCGUAACAAAGAGCGCACCAAACGGACGGGGUUCAUGUGCGUGAGCUUUCGUAAGCAGCAGAACGCAGAAGCCCACACGCGUGGUAGCAGUGGUGAAGGAGAGGAAGGUGAGGAAGAAGGUGAAGGUGUAGAAGAACCUUCAACGGCUACUUACUAUCCUCUGCCACUGCUCGACCCAGCAGAAGCCCAGUGUAUGAAGGCCAUUGGCAGCGGUGUUCAAGAGCUUUAA